GACGUUGCUGUGUGUGACGCAGCGACGUGCUGGUGUGACGCAGCGACGUGACCAACGGGACCAACGGUCCUAACGGGGCGGGGCUCGUAAACAGAGAAAUCUAAAUAAAGAGAUCGUGCAGAAAUUUACUCCAAAGUAUCUCACUUUUCUCCACAAGUCAAAGGUUAAUCUCAGUGUGAUGCCGAUACGCCGAGCAGCAGCGACUCCGACCCCGGAGAAGCCCCCCUCCGCUGCAGCAGAGAAAGAGGCUGAAGCAUCCUCAGAGGAGUCCCCCUCUGCUGACGACGAGGAGCAGGCCGCAUCUUCGGCUGCGCCGGCCGAGGGCGAGGAGGGCGACGCCGCUGGCGAGACGGAGCCCACAGAGAAUGGAGAUAAGGCAGAGGGAGCCGCGGAGGAGAAGGGUGAAGAAGGGACAGAGAAGAAAGAGGACAAAUGCAAGGACUGCGCGGCUGGACAGUGUGCAACACACUGCUAUGUUCUCCUACUAAGGUUGAAGGAUGGCUACAAGUACGAGAAAGCCAAAGUCAAGAAGGUGAAAAGGACGAUCCCUGCGUGGGCUAGCGUCACUUCCAGCAAAAAGCUUCCCGUCGCCAACUUUGCAGGCACUCAACACAAAGUGGAUAAUAUCCUCAUCGAAGCUAUCACGUCUAGUAAUGACAAGUCUGGAGUUUCAUACCAGUCCUUCAUGAAAUAUCUUCUGAAGAAAUACCCAGAGAUGGAGCUCAGCAAGAAGAAGUUUCUCAUCAAGAAAGCAAUGAAGAAACAUUUGGAGAAGGGCACCAUCAAACAGCUGAAGGGUAAAGGCCUUUCAGGAACCUUCGCCAUUGGGAAGGUGUCCAUCUCGACUAAGAAACCUCCUCUGAAGUCUGAAGCUCUGGGAGAUGCUCUUCCUCUCAUCAUCACUCGGCUCUGUGAGCCCAAAGAGGCCUCCUACUACCUGAUCAAGAAAUACCUAGAGCAGCACUUCCCCAACUUCAACAUCGCAAACAGGCCAGACAUCCUGAAGUCAGCCCUGGUGAGGGCAGUCGAGAAAGGACAACUGGAGCAAAUCACUGGGAAAGGAGCCAGCGGGACAUUCCAGCUGAAGCGUUCUGGGAACCAGGUCCUGCUGAAGGGCAGCAACAUGGAGGACGCCAUCACAGCCGCCAUCACAGCCAUGAAUGAACCUAAAACCUGCAGCACCACCACUCUACGCAGAUACCUAGUGGACGCAAACAAGGAUAGAAAGGAGUACCAAUUAGUGGCCAGUCUGAGGAGGACCCUGACAAAGUGUAAAGUCCUCGGCUGGAUGGAGCAGAUCACCGGUCACGGCUUCACAGGGACCUACCAGCUAUCCUUCCCAUUUUACCCGAGCCCUACCAUCCUGUACCCAGACAAGUUCAACGAGCCUCCAAAGAAAAACGCUCCCCCUGCAACCAAGCGGAGGCGGACAGUUGAAUCUUCUGACGAGGAAUCAGAGGAAGAAGAGUCUGAGGAAGAGGAGGAAGAGUCUGAGGAUGAAGCUCCCUCUCGGAGGAGAAAAUCUCAGAAGAGGCCUCCCCCCAAGGCUCGCCGCCCCCCGCCGGCCAAGAAAUCUCGGAGCGCAAGUCAGACAAAAGCUAAAGGCAGGGGACGCCCCCUCGCAAAGAAGUCUCCCGCCAAGAAAGCAGUGUCGUCAGCCAAGAGACGGGGAAGGAAACCGUCGGCCGCAAAGAAAGAAUCCACACCGCCACCUAAAGCCACGCCCGUCAAGAGGGGAGCUCCCGCAAGAAAGCCCAAAACACCAGCUGUUAAAAAACUGGCCAAAAGGGGGGCCAAGCGACCGGUGUCCCGAGAUUCAUCCCCCGAGGAGGCUGUGGUCGCAAAGGAGACGACGAGGAGCGGGUCCAAGCGAUCCAAGCCUGAAGAGUCCUCUCCAGAGAAGCCCGCGGCGAAAAAGCCGGCGACCAAAGGCGGCUCCAGGCGGCCCGAGCCCGAAGAGUCAUCCCCAGAGCCUGUAGUCAAAAAGGGGGCGAAGAGCACCAAGCAGUCAACUCGUAAGUCCAAGAGAGGGAAAUACUGAGCCCAGGAGCACCUUCCACGAACUGGGCCGCUCUGAAUCUGCAGCAGUCUGCCGCUUCGUUUCAGUGCUCUCUCGCUCUCUCUUUUUAUCAUUUUCUCCCUUUUUAACAGGGCAGUAGUUUUUUUUUUUAUUUCUAUUGUAGAUUAAGAAUGUUAUCCUACCAAGUUUACUGUACACUGAAAGUUUCUGAAUUUCCUUUUUAAUCACCAUGUGUAGAAAAGCUCAGUUAGUGUUGCCAUUAAAACAGACAUGUGACCAGCUGCCAGAUCGGGAAGCAUAGCGAGAUCCGACAAACUGUAACUAGAGCCAUGUAGUGACUUCCGUUUUUAUAUCCGUUCCUCGCCCGCUCUUGAGUUGUUGGCAGCACACGUUCCUAAUAUCAAAUGAAGUCAGAUAUCAGUGUUUGAAGGUUGAAAAGAAAUGUCCAUUUUAAGUUGAGAUAUGGGUUGAAAAGAUUAAACCUUUCCUGAUAUUAAUAUUUUAUAAAACAGAUUUUAAGGUUGUUGUCCUGGGAUGAAAUUACGAUAUUUUUGGCCGUGCAGUCCUGCAUCAGAAUCAGAAUUUUUUUAUCCAUCUUAUGAUUAUAUUAUGAAUUAUUGUGAACAAUGAUUAUUUGUUUAUUUAAAACAAAACAAAAAAAUGCCCCCAGAAAAGAUCAGGCCUGCAGGUGACAGGUUGAGGAUGAAACACUGUUAGUAUUCAUUUCAUUGCGGAAAAUGUCUUUUUUGAUAUGUGUGUGUAACAAGCAUAUACAUAACUUGAUUUUAUUGCUUCACAGCUGUAAUUCAGUACCAAACUGUAAGAAAUGUGUGUUGUGAAUAUGAAAAAGGAGGAUAAUAGCUCAUACAUACCCUGCAUGCAUGUAUUCCUUGUGUUGUUAAGCUUUUUUUUUCCAAGUCAUUAAUAAAAUGGCUAUAUUUGUAAAC